AUGUCUGAAUAUCGUAAACACCACCAACGUAACAACUUUCACAAAAUCUUAUCCAGGUUAAGCUUAAGAAGAGAAAGCCAUAUCUUCCCAUUCACUAAAUCUGAAAAAGAAAUAACACCAAACUUCGUCACUGCUACAUUUCCAAAUGGUUGUGAAAUAGACAUCGAAGUGCCUACUGAAAAAUUCAUAAAGAAAUUAGUAAAGAAAUAUAAGAAGGAAGGACAUGUAAAAUCUGGCGCAUUCUAUUUGUUCUUAUUAACUUUACAAGAUAAAAUUGAGCGUGAUCACAAAGAAUUUUAUUCACAAUUUAUGAAAAAACUUGCUUUAAUCGGAUCAAUAACUUGGAGAAAUUGUCCAAUAUAUUAUAUACAAGCUUUUGAGAGAUUGGCUUCCAGAGUAAUAUCCACUUCCUCAGAUAAUACAAAGAUCGACUUUUCCUUCGCUAUAUUUUAUAGGAAAGCUUUAGAUAGAUUACCAUCUAAAAUAAAAAAACCUUAA